AUGCUUGAAAGGUUCGAGAUUGCUCGAUCUGGACAAUAUGCACUUUCCUGUGGCCGUCAGCUUGUAUCUACGUUGGGAAGUCCUCAAUUGCUACCAGUUGGUCGUCCAUGCAUUCUUCUUGUAAAUGGGUUUCGAUCUACCUUUACCAAUUCUAAAAAAGCCAGAUAUUUGGAAGACUGGUGUGCUCAACAACGAUUCCACUUUGUCACUUAUGAUCAUGCUGGUCAUGGUGAUUCUUCAGUUGCAUUUCAAGACUGCACGAUUGGUCAAUGGAGAUCUGAUCUGGCAGUUGUAGUGGAACAAGUAACUGGUCAACACAGUACCAUUUGCCCUGCCAGUCCAUUGAUUUUGGUUGGAUCCAGUAUGGGUUUGUGGCUUUCGCUCCUGGUUGCUGCCUAUGACCACCCAUCUGCCAUAUCUGGGAUCAUUGGGGUUGGAGGUAGUAUCAAUUUUACAGAACGACUGCUCAAGGAAAUACCACUAGAAAUUGGAUCAGUUUGGAUGAGACCAUCUCGAUACGACCCUAAUGGGUAUCCCAUACAUCGAAAGCUUUUAAACAGUGGUCGUGAACAUCUUUUAGUCAAAAAUACUGUAAUCAACUGUCCUAUUGAGCUUAUUCAUGGAAUGUGUGAUGUCGACGUAAGUUGGGAGCAGUCGGCCCAUGUCGCUCUUUUACUAAAUACUACUUCAUCUGUUGUUGUUACUUUGAUCAAGGAUGCAGAUCAUAGACUAUCAGCGCCAUCUGACUUGCAGGUUAUUGGCCAGGCAUUAGACCGACUUGUUGAAAAAGUAUCAAAUUCAAAUAAACUCGGAUAA